GCGGGCGGGAGCGAGGCGUCAUCGUUGUAUAUUCAUGAGGCGCGCGCAGCCCGGCAUGCUAAUGAGGCGGGGCGCGGUGGCUGGCUAAAGAGUGGCUGGGCGGCGGCGGCGGGUGCUGAGCUGCCGGGCGGGAGCGGCGUAGGCGCGGGGUCACCGGCCAGCGUGAACCGGGACAUGGAGCCACCCGGCGGGGGCCUGGGGCCCGGCCGCGGUACCCGGGACAAGAAGAAGGGCCGAAGCCCAGAUGAGCUGCCUUCGGCGGGCGGCGACGGCGGCAAAUCUAAGAAAUUUACUCUGAAGCGGCUCAUGGCAGAUGAGCUGGAAAGAUUUACCAGCAUGAGAAUUAAGAAGGAGAAGGAAAAGCCCAAUUCUGCUCAUAGAAAUUCUUCUACAUCAUAUGGGGAUGAUCCUACAGCACAGUCGUUGCAAGAUGUUUCAGAUGAACAAGUUCUGGUUCUCUUUGAACAGAUGCUGCUGGAUAUGAAUCUGAAUGAGGAGAAACAACAACCUUUGAGGGAGAAGGACAUCAUCAUCAAGAGGGAGAUGGUGUCCCAGUACUUGUAUACUUCCAAGGCUGGUAUGAGUCAGAAGGAAAGCUCUAAGUCUGCGAUGGUGUAUAUUCAGGAGUUGAGGUCAGGCUUGCGGGAUAUGCCUCUGCUCAGCUGCCUGGAGUCCCUUCGUGUCUCUCUCAACAACAACCCUGUCAGUUGGGUGCAAACAUUUGGUGCCGAAGGCUUGGCCUCCUUAUUGGACAUUCUUAAACGACUUCAUGAUGAGAAAGAAGAGACUGCUGGGAGUUAUGAUAGCCGGAACAAGCAUGAGAUCAUUCGCUGCUUGAAAGCUUUUAUGAACAACAAGUUUGGAAUCAAGACCAUGUUGGAGACAGAAGAAGGAAUCCUACUGCUGGUCAGAGCCAUGGAUCCUGCUGUUCCCAACAUGAUGAUUGAUGCAGCUAAGCUGCUCUCUGCUCUUUGUAUUCUACCACAACCAGAGGACAUGAAUGAAAGGGUUUUAGAGGCAAUGACAGAAAGAGCUGAGAUGGAUGAAGUGGAACGUUUCCAGCCACUGCUGGAUGGAUUAAAAAGUGGGACCUCUAUUGCACUGAAGGUUGGAUGCCUACAGCUGAUUAAUGCUCUCAUCACACCAGCUGAAGAACUUGACUUCCGAGUUCACAUCAGAAGUGAACUGAUGCGCUUGGGGCUACAUCAGGUGUUGCAGGACCUUCGAGAGAUUGAAAAUGAUGAUAUGAAAGUGCAACUAACUGUGUUUGAUGAACAAGGGGAAGAGGAUUUCUAUGACCUGAAGGGACGGCUGGAUGACAUUCGCAUAGAGAUGGAUGACUUUAGUGAAGUCUUCCAGAUUCUCUUAAACACAGUGAAGGAUUCAAAGGCAGAGCCACACUUCCUUUCCAUCCUGCAGCACUUACUCUUGGUCCGAAAUGACUAUGAGGCCAGACCUCAGUACUAUAAGUUGAUUGAAGAAUGUAUUUCCCAAAUAGUUCUACACAAGAAUGGGGCUGAUCCCGACUUCAAGUGCCGGCACCUCCAGAUAGAAAUUGAGGGAUUAAUUGAUCAAAUGAUUGAUAAGACAAAGGUGGAGAAAUCUGAAGCCAAAGCUGCAGAGCUGGAAAAGAAGCUGGACUCAGAGUUAACAGCCCGACAUGAGCUACAGGUGGAAAUGAAAAAGAUGGAAAGUGACUUUGAGCAGAAGCUUCAAAAUCUUCAGGGAGAAAAGGAUGCACUGGAUUCUGAAAAGCAACAGAUUGCCACAGAGAAACAGGAUCUAGAAGCAGAGGUGUCCCAGCUCACAGGAGAGGUUGCCAAGCUGACAAAGGAACUGGAAGAUGCCAAGAAAGAAAUGGCUUCCCUCUCUGUGGCAGCUGUUGCUAUAGCUCCUUCUGUUCCUAGUAGUGCUACUGUUCCCCCUGCCCCUCCUUUACCUGGUGACUCUGGCACUAUUAUUCCACCACCACCUGCUCCUGGGGGUAGUACCAUAGUUCCUCCUCCUCCUCCACCACCACCUCCUUUGCCUGGGGGUGUUUGCAUCCCCUCACCCCCUUCUUUACCUGGAGUUACUGCUAUCUCUCCACCCUCUUCUUUUCCUGGGGGUGCUAGCAUCCCUCCACCCCCUCCUUUGCCUGGGGGUGCUAGCAUCCCUCCACCUCCUCCUUUGCCUGGGGGUGCUAGCAUCCCUCCACCUCCUCCUUUGCCUGGGGGUGCUAGCAUCCCUCCACCUCCUCCUUUGCCUGGGGGUGCUAGCAUCCCUCCACCUCCUCCUUUGCUUGGUGGUGCUGGAAUCCCCCCACCACCCCCUCCUUUGCCUGGGGGUGCUAGCAUCCCUCCACCCCCUCCUUUGCCUGGGGGUGCUAGCAUCCCUCCACCUCCUCCUUUGCUUGGUGGUGCUGGAAUCCCCCCACCGCCGCCUCCUUUGCCUGGUGGUGCUGGAAUCCCCCCACCACCUCCUCCCUUGCCUGGGGGAGUAGGAAUACCACCUCCUCCUCCCCCUCUUCCUGGUGGUCCUGGAAUCCCUCCACCUCCUCCUUUUCCUGGAGGCCCUGGUAUUCCUCCACCUCCACCUGGCAUGGGUAUGCCUCCACCUCCCCCAUUUGGAUUUGGAGUUCCUGCAGCCCCAGUUCUGCCAUUUGGAUUAACCCCCAAAAAGCUUUAUAAGCCAGAGGUGCAGCUCCGGAGGCCAAACUGGUCCAAGUUUGUGGCUGAGGACCUCUCCCAGGACUGCUUCUGGACAAAGGUGAAGGAGGACCGCUUUGAGAACAAUGAACUUUUCGCCAAACUUACCCUUACGUUCUCUGCCCAGACCAAGACUUCCAAAGCCAAGAAGGAUCAAGAAGGUGGAGAAGAAAAGAAAUCUGUGCAAAAGAAAAAAGUAAAAGAGUUAAAGGUGUUGGAUUCAAAGACCGCCCAGAAUCUCUCAAUCUUUUUGGGUUCCUUCCGCAUGGCCUAUCAAGAGAUUAAGAAUGUCAUCCUGGAGGUGAAUGAGGCUGUUCUGACUGAGUCUAUGAUCCAGAACCUCAUUAAGCAAAUGCCAGAGCCAGAGCAAUUAAAAAUGCUUUCUGAACUGAAGGAUGAAUAUGAUGACCUGGCUGAGUCAGAGCAGUUUGGUGUAGUGAUGGGCACUGUGCCCCGACUGCGGCCUCGCCUCAAUGCCAUUCUCUUCAAGCUACAAUUCAGCGAGCAAGUGGAGAACAUCAAGCCAGAGAUUGUGUCUGUCACUGCUGCAUGUGAGGAGUUACGCAAGAGUGAGAGCUUUUCCAGUCUCCUCGAGAUUACCUUGCUUGUUGGAAACUAUAUGAAUGCUGGCUCCAGAAAUGCUGGAGCUUUUGGCUUCAAUAUCAGCUUCCUCUGUAAGCUUCGAGACACCAAGUCCACAGAUCAGAAGAUGACGUUGUUACACUUCUUGGCUGAGUUGUGUGAGAAUGACUAUCCUGAUGUCCUCAAGUUUCCAGACGAACUUGCCCAUGUGGAGAAAGCCAGCCGAGUCUCUGCUGAAAACUUGCAAAAGAACCUAGAUCAGAUGAAGAAACAGAUUUCUGAUGUCGAACGUGAUGUUCAGAAUUUCCCAGCUGCCACAGAUGAAAAAGACAAGUUUGUUGAAAAAAUGACCAGCUUUGUGAAGGAUGCCCAGGAACAGUAUAACAAGCUGCGGAUGAUGCAUUCUAACAUGGAGAGCCUCUAUAAGGAGCUGGGCGAGUACUUCCUCUUUGACCCAAAGAAGUUAUCUAUUGAAGAAUUUUUCAUGGAUCUUCACAAUUUUCGUAAUAUGUUUUUGCAAGCAAUCAAGGAGAACCAGAAGCGGCGGGAGACAGAAGAAAAGAUGAAGCGAGCAAAACUAGCCAAGGAGAAAGCAGAGAAGGAGCGGCUAGAGAAGCAGCAGAAGAGAGAGCAGCUCAUAGACAUGAAUGCAGAGGGCGAUGAGACAGGUGUAAUGGACAGUCUUCUAGAAGCCCUGCAGUCAGGGGCAGCAUUCCGACGGAAGAGAGGACCCCGUCAAGCCAACAGGAAGGCCGGGUGUGCAGUCACAUCUCUGCUAGCUUCGGAGCUGACCAAGGACGAUGCCAUGACCACUGCUCCUGCCAAGGUGCCCAAGAUGAAUGAGGCCGUCCCCACAAUCCUUGAGGAAUCCAUGGAGUUGGUUGGCCGUGCAAGCUAAUAUGAGUCUGUGACCAUGGCAGCUCCUCAGUGGAGCCCCAGACUGUCCUGCCCUGCAGCAUGUGCCUAAAAGCUCAAGGGGAUAUUCCUCUGAGGCAGCCACUCCCACCACCCUGACCCUGUCUUUCUCUCUGGCCUGCUGCUCUCUGAACAUCACAUACAGCUUCAGCUUGCCUAGAGGCCAGAAGGAAAGGGCAGUGUGGGGGAGGCCUGAGACCAACCCAGCCAGCCCUGGCUGUUGUAUUACCAAAGCAGGGUCCGUGUUUGCUGCCUUAACCCUGUCUCCUGUCUAAUAUUCAGAGGGCCUCAUCUCAGACAAGGCCCAGCCUGCUUUUUUUCAGCCCUGACUUUUUAAUGGGCUUUCUCCCUAGGUCAAUCCUGCUGGAUUUGUGCUUUUCUUUUGUGGUUUCUCUGGCCCUAAGAACAGCAUGGAGCUUGCAAACCUUUGGGCUAGAUCCUAACUUUCAUUGCUGUCGUCUCUGCUCUUCCCUCUCCUGGCUGUGGUUAUUUAUUAUUAGUGGUGUGGCACUGGGAGAUGCUCCUAAGGAAGCAGGGAGCAAAUCCCACCUUUACCCCACCUUCCUGGGAAAGGCCUCCAAAACAAAGGAUCAGGACCGCUUUCCCUGUUGUUUUGUGACCCAGGCUAGAGCCUUUGGGCAGGCAAGCAGGGCAUAGCGACGGUGUGGGACCUGCCCCCAGCGUCUGCCAUGCUUUAUGCCCUUGCCUCUCUGGACCCUCUGCACCAACCCCAGGCUACUGAGCCACGCUCCCUCCUCAUGCCUCCCCUGGAGCUUUGGUGCAUCUCAUCUGGACUAUGGGUUGUGUUGUGACCAUCCCAACCCCUCACCCUCUGUCUACAAGGAAAUGGGAGGUAGAGCCUCCUGGCUGAGAAAUUGUUUUGCAAAUGGAUCUAUUUUUGUAUGAAAAAAAUUUUUUUAAAGAAAACUCUUCCUUCCCCCUUUCCCUUCCAUAAUGUAAGAAGCUUUGGUGGCAGGUUCCAGAGUUCCUGGGAUUUUUCCUCACAGGCCCAAUCCUGAAUGUGCCCCUGGAUCUUCUGGACCCUUGAGGCCAAGGCAGAUCUUCUCUCCCAGAGAAUCUGGGGCAGAAGGAGCUUCCCCUUCUCUGGUUGAGCUGGAUCAGGCCUAAGAGUAGCGGGAGCUCUAAGACCAGAGUUUUUAUCAAUGUAUAAAUGUAUCAAGCCAAAUGUGCAGAUGCUAACUGAACGUUCUGGGGAAGUGGGCACCAGGAGUGCCUUUGUACACUGCACCCCAGCUCUCUUCUAAAAGAGAAGUGGGUGGGCACACUGAACUGUUUGGUGGCUCCAACAUAGGAAGCUCCAAUUCUCUGGCGUAGGGUGACAGUUUUGCCCUCCUUGUGCUCCUCUCAGCUUUCCAUCCCUAGCUAGGAAGAAAAUGGCACUCUUGGGCUUGGCCUAGAAUUAGAGUUGUUAGGGCCAGAGGAAGCUUAGGAAACAUGACGGUAACUACAGUGAGGCCUUACUGCCAGGAGCGCUUGUGUAUAAAGGGGCAACGGCAGCUCCUUUGGGCUAUUCCUGGGAAGACUCUGAUGCAGGGCAUCUGUUGCUCCCCUGGGUCACCUCCUUCUCCCUGCUCGCUGACAUCUGGGGCUUUGACCCUUUCUUUUUUAAUCUACUUUUGCUAAGAUGCAUUUAAUAAAAAACAUAAAAAGUGAAAAAAAGAGGGGUGGGGGACAAAAUGCAAGUUUAUUUCCCUUGCCUCUUAGGGUUCUGGAUGUCAUCACCUCCAGUUUGUUGGUUUUGUUUCCAACUGUUAAUAAAGCAUUGAAACAGCA